AAAUGCUUUCCGACAAUGGUACCAAUUGUAAAAGCAGAAGAAAGAAAUAUUUCAAACAGCGUAAACAUGGCCUCGCGGUACGAUCACGGUGUUCAGCGAAUUUUAGCAAAAUUAGAAGCGUCUAUAAAUUCAGAAAAUUUUUAUGAGGCUCAUCAAAUGUAUAAAACUUUAUAUUCUAGAUAUCUUGGACAGAAAAAGUAUUCGGAACUUUUGAAUUUACUAUAUGAAGGAUCUACAAUUUUGUUACAACAUGAACAAUAUGCCAGUGGAGCAGAUUUAGGAAUUUUAUUUGUAGAUGUUUUAAUACGAUCAGAAACGAUACCUUUUGAACAUUAUUUUAAAAAAAUUACUAAUUUAUUCCGUUUGAUGAGCCCUUCAUUGCCUGAAAGAGAUACAUUUGUACAAUCUGCUCUUCGAUGGAGCACAAGGAGUACAGAAUAUAAGACAGGUCAUCCUGAUUUACAUCAAAAACUAGCACAAGUAUUUUGGAAAGAAAAAAACUAUAUAAUGGCAAGACAACAUUUUAUACAUAGUAAAGAUGGAACAGGAUGUGCAGCAAUGCUUGUGGAAUAUCAUCAACAACGUGGUUACACGAAUGAAAUAGAUCUUUUUAUUGCUCAGGCUGUCUUGCAAUAUUUGUGCUUACAAAACAAAGUAACCGCACAGGAAGUUUUUAAUUCUUAUACUUCGCGACAUCCGAAACUAAAUUGUGGUCCACCAUACCCCCUUCCAUUAUUAAAUUUUUUAUUUUUUUUAUUAAAAACAAUUGAUAGUGGUAAACGUACUGUAUUCACAGUACUUUGUCAACAGUAUCAGACAUCUAUAGAUAGAGAUCCAUGUUAUCCACACUACUUAGAUAAAAUAGGGCAGUUGUUUUUUGAUAUCCCAUCUCCACGCCCAUGCAAUGAAGGACUACUUGGUUCUAUUUUACAAUUAUUUGUUAACAAUCUAGAAGAUGAAGACUCGGAUGAUGAACAGAGAAAUAAAGCUUCAACUUCACAUGCAAUACAAGAACUCGACUGAUCAAAAGUUAGACGUCACUGUGCAAUGUGAUGAAAGUAAAUAAUAAACUUAAAUACAUAUAUUCGUAUAUAUAUAGACAUACAGAUAUAUGUGUAUAUAUAUAUAUGUAUCUAUAUAUACAUAUGUACGUACAUAUAUAUUAAUGUCUCACAUAUUUUCAAAAAAUGGUUUAUAUUAUGCUGUCAAAUUUUCAAAAGAAUGCUGCAUUGAAGUAAACUUUUUUAAAUAACUUGUAUAGAUAAAAAUUAUUUAAUCUAAAAAUAUGUGAGAUGUAUUACAAGAGGAAUUUUUCAAAGUUGUAAGUUUUGCAUUCUGAGUAGUUUUUAAAUAUUCAUAGAAAAAUGUAUUUGAGAAAGAUAAUGAUUUGUCUGCAUCUCUUUUCUCCCAUUUUUAAGAUCUAUUUUGAUAUUAUAUUUGAAAAGAUAUAUUUAACAUCAUUAACCUAAAAGUUAAAAAUUUAUUAAUUAUACGUGCAACUGAACUUAGACAUUGAAAAAAAUCCUUAGAUUAAUUACAAUUCGUACAUAACAAACAUAUUUAAAAACAAAUUGUGUUUAAGCGUACUUCCUAAGAUGGAGAUUUAUUUUAUAUAUACCUAAACGUGUGAAAAAUAAACAUGACAUGCAUAUUUAGUUUCAAAACAAGAUUGCUUAAUAAUAUAUUAUUUGUUACUACAUCAUGAAAUAAGCAAAGUAAAUUGAACAGUAAUAAAUAUCACAGUAACAAGUAAAAAAUUUAUUUAUUAAAUACUAUACUAAUAUAAACACGUAUGUUUCAAGUUUCAGUAAAAAUGAUAUAUUUAGUUAAUACAAGGAAAUUAAUGGUCAUGAUUCUAUAAUAAAGCACUUUUUAGUACUAAGAAGUAUGAUAUACUAUUAUUGUGUAUUGGAUGAAGAGAAUACAGAAAAGAACAUUACAAAAUUGUAAACUUGCAAUAAAUAUAUACAUAUACUAAUGUAUAUUCUAUAUGCGUUUAUGUAUAUUCUUAUACAGAUGCAUAAGAGUGCACAGAAUAUUCUUUCAUCAUAAAUAUAAAAGCUUAUUUUUUCAUAAUUUAUAAAUGCAAAAGAUAUUGUACAAGUAUGCGAUGCACUAAUUAUUAUAAAAAUUUGUGCACGUUAAUUUUAUGCUGAACAUGAACAUGUGGUUUCUCUUCUGAGUUUAAACAGAUGAUAUGUAAUUGUUUAAUUUUCCAUAUUAUUGCAUAGUAUUUCAAAAGUAAAAAUUUAUUAAAUUCAUAUGGCACAAACACUAACGUUUACAGUUACAUGAUUAUUUUUAAUUAUAAAUGAAAUUCAGAAGUAAAGUAUUAAAAUAUUAAGUACAGUGGGAUCCCUGUAUAGACUCGCGCUACAAAGUCCAAAUAGAUUUACAAAUUACUAUCUUAUUAAUUGAGAUAGUCCCAAGGAUCACCAUAAUUAAUAAUUUUUUGAAAUAUUAUGUCACUUUUUACCAUUUCCGACGGCGUGGCUUAGUAGCUAAGUCUUUUAAAUGUACCCUCGUAAAGGUUUAGAAAUAAUGCAGUGGCGUGAACCUUUACAAAAGUCUUACUGUAUAUAAAAUAUUGAAUUUAAUAAUGAAAAUGAACUUCACAUACCUAUAUGUACUAAAUGUAUUUUAUUUUAUUUCAAAAUUUAUUCAAACAAAAUAAUUAUAGGAUAUUGAAUGUAGUACUCAAAAGGAAGGAAAAAUUAAUUAAUAUAACUUCAAAAAUAAUUUUUUAGUAUUAAAUGUGAGUUUUUGUUUCCAAAGAGGAAUAUAAAUUAUUUACAAGAACUUAUCUUGCUACAAGAAUAUAUGUAAAUAAUUAGAUUCUUUGUUACUUUCACAAAAUACUUACUAGCGGAACAUCACACUGUACAUAGAAGGAUGUGACCUUUCUUUUAUGUCUAUUAUACAUUUCUAGUAAUUCAGAAUUUUUCAUUAACACCUAUAUAAGUGAGUACAUUACACUGUUCUGAGAUUGAAGUAUUUAAUUAAAAAAAGUAAAACUAAUCAUUCGGGACAAACAUGAAAAUUUAGUUAGUUAUCAUGUUCCUGAUUAAAAUCUAAUGAACAUAAAAACGCAAGAUCUUAUUCUUUAUAAAUUAAGUGUAAACAUUUUUUCAUUGUGAAAGUUACAUUAUUAGUAUCAAUAUGUGACUCUAAUUUCAUUGAAAUUUUAAUGAAAUAUUAAUUGCAAAGUAAAAAUAUGCAGUUUUACAAUAAAAAUCUAUGGAAAGUUAAUAAUACGCAUGAUUGUAUUAAUAAAAUAAUUCAAUUUAACCAAAUUUUUACUUGAAAAAGGUAAGCAACAAAUUCCAAUAAAGAUAUUUAUAUUGACGAUUGAUGCAGAUCAUUUCCAUUUUACAAGAAAAAGUAAAAUGAAGAAUGAAACAAUAAACAAUUAGAAAUCCUUUCUACAUGUAUAAUUGUAGGAAUGAGAUAGUAAACAUAAAGUAUUUAUAUCUGUAUAAACAAAGUUAUAUGAAAAGAUUUUUUAAUCUUUUGUUAAUAGUAAUUUGUACAAAUAAACAUAAAAAGUUGAGACAUUUGUAUAAGAUACACCUACAUACAGUUGCAAUAAUAUAUGUAUAUGUUACUACAAAACCUAAAAAAAGGGAUAUAAAAUCUAAUAUACUACAUGAACAGUGCAAUAUUGUAAUUCAUAUAAUCUAAUAUUUUAAAAAUGUAAUUAAUCAUUUUGUUGUAUUCAGUUUCCUAAUGUACUCGUAACAAAUGGCUUUUUUUAAGUAAUUUAUAUUUGUAAAAUAUUGUGUCUAUAAAUACAUAUUUAACAUUAAAUU